AUGUUGCCAUUCGUUAUCAUCAGAUAUUUGAUUGCUCUAACAAUACCCAUAAUGCUCUCACUUGACGAGACGAAUGCGCAGUUGUUCAAUUUAAACUUUUUGUCAUUUAAUAACAACAGAGCAGGCGACAACUCGUUGAACGGUAAUGGUAACGCAGGUGCUAGACCCGGUGCUGCUCCAGCUAAUCAAGCUAAUCAAGCAAAUCAAGCUCAACAAAAUCCUUUUGGCACGUGGCAAUCUGCUCUUGGUGCUGGCCUAGGUUUCCUUGCGGGUAGCUUUCUUAGCAGAGGCUUGUCUUCAUCAUCAUCAUCAUCAUCUACAUACGGUUAUUACCCUUACUAUUCAUACGGCAGUUAUUAUUAUCCUUAUUACAGUGGGUACAGAGGGAAUAACUACAGGAAUUCAUAUAGUUACUACCCUUAUUACUAUUAUUAUCGUGGUUAA